UGUGCUGGUUUUCACUGUAUGCAAACAAACAAUUCAACAGUCUCACAGCGUCGACAACUCUGACGCCGCGUUGUAGAACCCAACCACCCACCACCACAAAAACCCUCUUCUCUUCGUCCACCAAUCGCGUUUCCGAUCUUCCGUUUCAUGGUCAUGGGCAUCGUCUUCUCUCGCCGACAUGCUCACCAAGUCUCGCCGUCGUUUGGUGAAUUGCCGGAGAGCUGCGUCGCUCUGAUCCUCGGGUACGCCGAUCCUCCUCAGAUCUGCCAGCUCGCGACCUUGAACCGCGCCUUCCGUGCCGCUUCCUCUGCCGAUUUUGUCUGGGAAUCCAAGCUCCCCGCCAAUUACCGUGCGAUUGUCAGGAAAAUCUUCACCGAUUUUCCCUCCGAUUCGAGCAAGAGAGACACUUACGCUGCCCUUUGCCGCCUCAAUACUCUUGAUGGAGGCACCAAGAAAGCUUGGUUGGAUAAAAGCACGGGGAAGAUUUGUAUGUGCUUAUCAUUCAAGGGACUGUCCAUAACCGGGAUUGAUGAUCGGAGAUAUUGGAAGGAUAUCCACACUGAAGAGUCCAGAUUCGGCACUGUCGCAUACCUCCAGCAAACCUGGUGGUUUCAAGUGGAUGGGGAAGUUGAGUUUCCAUUUCCAGCAGGGACAUACAGCUUAUUCUUCAGACUUCAUCUAGGGCGAGCCUCCAAAGGGAGGUUUGGUCGGCGGCUGUGCAACACUGAGCAUGUUCAUGGCUGGGACAAAAAGCCUGCACGGUUCGAGAUUUGGACUUCAGAUGACCAAUAUGUUACAUCCGAGUGCUUUCUGAAAGAACCCGGCAAAUGGUGUUUUUACCAUGCCGGCGAUUUCACGGUUCUGGAUGGUGGUGAUGCAUCAACAAAAAUCAAAUUCUCUAUGACUCAGAUUGAUUGCACUCACACUAAAGGUGGUCUGUGUAUAGAUUCUGUGUUUGUAUACCCAAGUGAAUUCAGAAAGGUUAAGGCAUUUUUAAAUUGCUCCUAACCAUUUCAUGUAGGAAUAGUGCAUGUUUGGAAAUUUUUGGACAAUUCAUUUAAUAGUUAGAAUCAAUUCUGAGAAGAAGCUUAUAUUAGUAGCUUCUGAGUCUCAAAAUUGAUUCUAAGAAAAUAGAAGUUGAUCCAAACAUGAUAAAAGAGUGUACAUUGUGUCGAAUAUGGACAAAUAGAACUUAGAGCGAGUGGAAUCAGGAAGGUUGGAGGAGGAACUGAGAAUCGAGUUUUUAUAUGGUUCUUUAGGAUUGAAUUUUGUAGAAGCAAGGAGCUGGAUGAACUUGUGCAAUUUGACUAAUUUCUUCGUUAAUUAUUUUAUAAAGAAUCUUUCUAUUCA